CACAUCCUUGAAUGCUGGCUCUUGGUUCUCCAAACCGUAUGGGAUACUCAACAUUAAAAUCGCGAAAUCAAUUGCAGGACGAGUGGUGAACAUGAGCAGUCUUAUGGAGGAACCCGCACUGGAUCCGCCACCUGGAGUGACACCCAACUUUAUUGACACGGGUGGCGAUCACGCAGUUGGAUAUGGCAUCAUCAUUGCGAGUUCUCUCAUCUCAACUCUCGCAGUGGUAGCACGUUUGGUUAGCAGUGCCAUCGCGAAGAAAUUUGUGAUCGAGGAUUUCUUGAUGGUCGCAGCAUUGGGUGUCUUCGCGGGAAAUCAAUACAUCACAUACGACCUCACAAUCUAUCCGGGAAUGUGGACGCAUCAAUGGAACAUCCAGAAUGGGUUUCUGCCACAUUUUUUAUAUAACAUUCACCUCGGCGCGGUAUUCUACGGCCCAUGCGCAAUGUGUAUAAAAGUUGCUAUCCUCGUCAAUUGGCUUCGCGUCUUCGUCCCGAGAGAUCAAAGGAAUCAUAUUUGGUGGAUACUCCAAAUUUUGAUCUGGACCAACGUGGUCUUCUAUAUCAUUACGACAUUGACCGAGAUCUUUCGUUGCUGGCCGCGCCAAGCGAUUUGGGAUCCUUGGUUUGAACCGGUUCAUUGCCCAGUUGACGUUGAGGCCCAAAACAUUGCCACGAGCGUUCUCAACUUCAUAUCCGACACCACUAUCCUGGCUAUGCCGCAGUGGAUCAUCUGGAAACUCCAGCUGUCAGCAAGCAGGAAAUGGGGCUUGUCGCUACUCUUCGUCAUUGGAGUCGGUGCUUGGGUUUUCGGUGUGGUUCGUACAGUAUAUUUCGUCAAGUUGUUGUCAUCCGAGGAUGUAACUUAUCAAAUGUCUGGCGUCGCCAUUUGGACCAUAUGGGAAAUAACCACUGGAUUCCUCAUCAUGGGUAUUCCUGCUAUCCCUAGGGUUGUCAAGACUAUACCCAAGUCGGAUUCAAUCGUUUCGUUCUUCCGCUCGUUGACAUCGCGUGGGAGUCAACCAAGUGGUGAAUCGCCCGCAGCUCCCCCACGACAAUUCUACAAGCCGACAUCCCGACGUCGCGGUCUUUGGGAAAUCACUGACCUCGAUACCCAUGACUUGGUUUCGAUGAGCAGCGUUGAUGGCGCCAACAAUGAUGUUACUCAUCUACGUGUAGAAUUGGCCGGUGAUCAACCUAGCAAACAGCAGACUGUUUGAGCAACUUAGUCUGUUGCAAGGGCCAAGCAAAAGUUGGUGAAUUAUCAUGCCCAAGCUCAAUCACGCUAUGAAACGUUGUAGGGUUUGUUUCUGUGUCAAUCAAACCAACGCAUUUGCACGUUCUAUCGGUCCACUUGGGAUAUGGAACAGCUAAAAAGUGAUGGUGAAG